GAAAGCCAAUAGUAUUGUACAAUGUAACCCAGCUGACUGACGACAUUAUCAAAGAUGGCGGACAGGCUAACGCAGUUACAGGAUGCUGUCAACUCGCUUGCAGACCAGUUCUGCAACGCAAUUGGCGUGUUGCAACAGUUUUCUCCCCCGGCUUCUUUCAGCAACAUCCAAACAGCUAUCAACAAAGAUCAACCAUCGAACCCGACAGAAGAGUAUGCCCAGCUUUUUGCAGCACUAAUUGCAAGGACAGCCAAGGAUAUUGACGUGUUAAUUGACUCAUUGCCCAGUGAAGAAUCUACUGCUGCACUUCAGGCGGCCAGCCUGCGUCAGCUGGAGGAGGAGAAUCACGACGCGGCGGCGCGGCUGGAGGACGUGGUGUGCCGCGGGGACGUCCUGCUGGAGAAGAUCCAGAGCGCCCUGGCUGACAUCGCCCAGUCCCAGCUACGCACCCGCAGCGGAGCACCCUGCGCACCCUCCGCCCCGGAGUCCUCCUGACCAGAGGGCGGUCAGUCCCAGGUCCAGUUAAAAACCCUGCCACAAAUUUGAUCCAACCAGCCUUUGAAAAUGGCAUUGUUAUGACCGAGACAGGUACAAGAGUUACUCCGAUAAGUCAACUGUGUUGGAAUGAAACAGUGGCUGAAUGUCUGGACAGCUCUGGUCCUGACCACAAUGGCAGGAAUCCAGGAUUAUGAUGAUGGACAGUUUUCUAAGGGUAAAUGGAAACUUGGGUAUCAGAUAUUUGUACAGUUUGUAAAAAAAAUAUUGUCACAGGGUUUUUUAUGUGUCCUUUCACUUAACAACAGUAUGGGAAAAAAAACAUUGUUGCCAUAAACAUUUUGUGUGUUUGGGGUGUGCAAGUAAAAGUUACAUAAUGUUUAUUUUAAGAUGGGUCUUGACAAGAACAUCUCAAUUCACUCGCCGAUCAUGCCAUGGCUACCCCACCUCAGCAUGUACAGUGAAAAGCAGUUGUUGGAGAAUAAAAGUUUUUUUUGUUAAAUUCA